AUGGCCCCCUCUCUGCGUUCUUUGGUCUCUCUUUUAGCCAUUUCCCAGGCGGUUACGGCUGCUUCGUGGAAUACCACUUGCACGAGCCCCUCGCAGCGAAAAGCAUGGAACAACAUGACAACCACCGAAAAAACGGCCUACAUUGAUGCUGAGCUUUGCUUGAUGGCUCGCCCUGCUCAAGCUGGCAUCGAGGGUGCUCAGAAUCGAUGGGACGAACUCGACUGGGCCCACAUCGUACAAUCCAACAUCAUCCACAACGUGGGUGGCUUUUUGCCUUGGCACCGUUACUUCAUGCGCGUGCACGAGUAUCUCCUCCAGUCCGAGUGCGGCUACGAGGGCGGCCAGCCAUACUGGAACGAGGUCCUUGAUAUGGACGACCUCGCGGGGUCCGUUGUCUUUGAUCCCGACACUGGUUUUGGUGGUGAAGGUUCAGACUGUGUAACAGAUGGACCAUUCGUCAACUUGACUCUUCACAUGAACUCUUCGGGCACUUCUGAAGACUAUUGCCUGACACGUUCUUUCAACUCGAAUGGCUUCCAGUCCGGUGUCCAGGCGAACCUUGAUGAGUGUUUCAACAUGACUACGUACGAGGAUGCUUUUGAUUGCUAUCAGGUCAAUCCUCACACUGCUGGUCACUCUGCUGUUGGAGGCACUAUGCUUGACGUCGUGGGAAGCCCUGGAGAGCCGCUCUUUUUCCUCCACCAUUCCAACCUGGAUCGUCUUUGGUGGCAGUGGCAGCAAGCCAACCUCACCACUCGUCUCACGGAAAUGGGUGGUCGCAAUGUCCCACUCGCCAGUUACUUGGAGCAAAAUGGUAUGGAGUCUCCGAGCAGUUCCGUUCUCGACUAUGACGGCGACGAGGGUAAUGUCACCACGCUGAACCAUAACCUUUGGAUGGUUGGAAUCAUGCCGAACGCUACUAUCAGGGAGGUUAUGGAUCUUGGUGGCGAUCUUGUUUGCGCCGAAUACGUUUAG